CUCGUCUUCCGGUCGGAUCGCGCCGCCGCCCGCCUACCUUCUUCCACCUCUCGUCGCUGCGCUCCACGCCCAAAUCGCAUCGGCCUUUUCCCCUCCUCAACGCCUCAGCCUCCCCCAUCGCGGGCUCCCAUAUCCUUUCCCCACCCCCACCGAAACUCCCACGAUGGCAGCAUCACAGAGGUCAACGGAAAGGAGGGCGUCGAGGUGCACCCCAGUGACGGCGCGGGCCACGCUCGUAUUCGAGAUCGUCGGGUACAGCCUGCAUAAGGGCAUGGGCGUCGGCAAAUUCAUCCGGUCCACCACCGUCUCCGUUGGCGGGCACCAAUGGUGCAUCCGCUACUACCCAGACGGGACAGACACACACGCCAACAGCCAGGGCCACGUCUCAGUCUACCUGGAGCUCCUGAACAAGGGCGCUAAGGUAAGGGUGCUCUUUGACUUGAUGUUGAUCAACCACGUCAGUGGGCUGGCGUCAUCGGUUUUCGCAGUCUUGAAAUCCCCGGUAGUGUUCGAUCCCCACAACACCAGUGGGAUUGGGACCAGUUAUACUUGGGGUACUCCAAGUUUUAAGAAGAAGAGUGAGCUGGAGGAGUUGCCUUAUCUGCGGGAUGACCGUCUUGUAAUUGAGUGUGAUCUAACUGUCAUCAAGGAGCCACUUGUUGCGACCACCGCAAUAACAGCUGAGGUCCAGAUUCCACCCUCAGACUUGGCAGAAAAUUUCGAAAAAUUGCUAGAGGUGGCCGAGGAAGCAGAUGUGACAUUCGAGGUUGAAGGUGAGAUUUUUCCUGCACAUAAGAUUGUGCUCGCAGCACGGUCUCCAGUCUUCAAGGCAGAGCUGUAUGGACUGAUGAGAGGCAAGUGUGGACAGAACAUAACCAUCGAAGACAUGGAGCCUACUGUUUUUAAGGCAUUACUUCACUUUAUCUACACAGAUCUAUUGCCUUCCAUGGGCAAACUUGAUGAUGAAGAGAAAAAGGAAAUGGUCAGGCACUUACUAGUGGCUGCAGAACGGUAUGCAAUGGAAAGGAUGAAGAUGAUGUGUGAAGACAUUCUUUGCAAAACUCUUGAUGUUCAGACUGUGGCAACCACGUCUGCUCUAGCUGAUCAGCAUCACUGUAGCAGGCUAAAAGAUGCUUGUGCUGAAUUUAUCAUGUCUUCAAAUAGAUUGGAUGAUGUGUUGGCAAGCCAAGGGUAUGUGCACCCGAAGAAAUCAUGCCCCGUUGUCUCAGUAAAUAUCUUGGAGAGUAUUAUGAAGCUUCUCAAAUUUUAGUGUACCCAUCGUCCCAUCCUGGGUUAGAAUAGUUAGUUUAGUUAACAUGUAACCACCUGGGAUGAAGUAGUCUUAUGCUUCAACUUUCACUUUCCAGAGAGGUAGUGAUCAUAUCGAGGAGACAAACUUAGUAGAUAUGUUGGAAAAGGCAAGUAAGUCUUGGAAGUUUUGGAAGUUUAGUAUACACGUAUCUUGGAUUCUCGUGUUAGCUUCCGCUAGUUACUGAAUACAUAGCCACCUGAAUUCAGCUUGUCCUGUCCUUUUAGUUUUCAGAGAUGUUUGGAGUCUUUGUAAGAUAUAAAUUGUUUUUCAUGUCCUUUAGUUUCUA